AUGGUUUCGCAAGUACGCUAUGUAUGCCGCUCGACGACCUACAAGGAGAUCAAAGAAGUGCUUGACGUUACGCCGAAAUUGCGCUCGUUUCCAGUUGUUGACGAUGCAGAGGGUUUGUUUCUGCUGGGUUCUGUUUCGCGAUGUGAAUUGGUAGCGCUUGUCAGAAAACAGCUAAACGAGAAUGCCCGCAAAGAUGAAGCUCUUCGUCGUAUACGCACAACGGUCGACGCCAUCAAAUCAUACGCUAUCAGAGUCUCUCAACGAAGGAAUUGGGAAGCCGUACGCUUAAAAGAGCGGGUGAAACUUUGUGAAAGCAUUAUCGACCAAGCACCGUUUCAAUUAGUUCGACGCACAUCUCUGCAUAAGGUGCACGCUUUGUUCUCGUUGCUACAUUUGCGAUGUGCUUACGUGAUUGAUCGAGGUCGUCUUGUGGGUGUUGUUGGCCUGACUGAUUUGAGGAAAGCCAUUGAGAACGCCUAUGAAUCCAAAUCUAAUCGCCGUGAUGAAACAUGGGGCGCAGACAGCGAUGGUUCGAUCGCAACCAAACCAACAGUAGUGGACGAGAGACGGAAUUCCAUGUUUCAGGUAGUGAUUACAGAAUCGUAA